CAAUGGAUCUGGUCACUUCAAUCACUCAAACAUACGCCAUCUCAAAAACAAGGAAUGUCAUGGCAAACCGAAUCACACGAAAGAAGUAGAGCAGUUUAUUGGAUGGUACAAGCUGCAAUCUCAUUAGCAUUACCUCAGAUCAUCAUAGCAACAGCAGCUACGUAUUUACAUCGAUUUUAUAUGAGAAAAUCAUUACAGAAAUAUCCUACUAAAGAAAUCAGUGCAACGGCUUUCUUUUUGGCAACUAAAGUGGAAGAAGUACCAAGGAAAUUGGAAUAUGUUGUCAAAGAAUAUCUUAAACUUGGUACUGACUCUCAGUCGGAGAACUCGAAUGGUUCGGAAGAUCCAAAAGAUUUUGAACGGUUGAAACAUCAUAUACUAUAUUAUGAAGAUAUUUUACUUCGAACGCUUUGUUUCGAUUUGGCUGUCGAUCAUCCUUAUUUACCUCUGAUUCAUACUGUCAAGGAUUUUCAUGUAAAGUCUAGAUCGAUGGCUCAAUCUGCUUGGUCAUUUGUGAAUGAUUCGUUAAUGACAACUUUAUGUAUCACCACGAAUCCUUCGGUGGUCGCUGCCGCUGCUUUUCUCAUUGCUCUCUCACAUCGUGCUAUC